ACUACACUAUUUAAUGCAGCAUCUAUUCCACUCACCCACUUUUCUUCCCUUCCUCUAAACCAAUUUCCCUUCAUUUGCCUUAACCUAAUGGACCUUAAAACCUUUCUCUUAGUCUUCUCCCAAUGUCCACCAUUUACUCCUCCCUCUACGGCCACCCACCACCACCACCACCACCACUAACCACCACCACCAAUACCCUUAUCGAUAAUCUCAACAAAAUCGGCCUUGGCUACGCCAUCGCGAUUGCCCUUGGCUUCCUUUUUCUCCUAUCCACUUUCCUCCUUUCCUCUUACCUCUGCUGCCGUUCCGCAGCAGCCCGCCGUCGUCAAGCCCAAGCUCAAGCCCAAGCCCGAGCCCGAAACCCUAACACCGAUAGCACUGGAAUAUAUGUCCCACGUGUAAUCUUCGUCGCUGAGGACGAAGAAAACAACGACGAAAUUUCAUCCCAGAAUACCAACGUGGGACUUGAUCAAGCUGUUAUAAACUCGUACCCUAAGUUGGUUUACUCAAAGAGAAACGGGAACGGAAAUGACGUCGUGUGUUCUAUAUGUUUGUGUGAUUAUAAGGAUGCGGAGAUGUUAAGGAUGUUACCAGACUGUAAGCAUUAUUUUCAUGUCCUGUGUGUAGAUGCGUGGCUGAAGUUGAAUGCUACGUGUCCGGUCUGCCGGAACUCUCCAUUGCCGACGCCGUUAUCUACACCGUUGUCGGAGGUGAUCCCACUUUCACAGUACUCCGAUGGUCGAAGGAGGCACUGAAGGAGCGGAGCUAGAAGCCCAAAUAUAGGCGGAAUUUCAGUAACUUUUGCUCAAACAGUGUAUUUUAAAGAAAGUUAUUAAAUAUUACCCCGUAUACUUGUUAAAUUUUCAUCGUUCUAAGAUUAAAAAAACAUAAGUUAAAAUCCUUUGUCUCCGGUGAUGAUGAGUAAUGGAUGAAUGGGUAGAAUUAGGGAAUUUUGGAAGUGUGAAAAGAUUUUCCUACUGUAGGGCGCUUGAUUUUUUUGUUUUUGUUUUUUUGUUUUUUGUUUUU